UCAAAACAUUGAAGAACAACGUAUAAACGCAAUAGACAUGAACAAGGCCGCUUCCACACCCAAAUCAAAUUCAAAACCAAAACCACGUCAUAAAAAGACAAUGCGCAUCAACCGCGCAGAGAUAAUCGAGCUUGCCAACGAUAACAGAGAGCUCCAAGAGACGAUAAUGGCGUCUCACCUUCCCCAAACCCGCCGUCGGAAAAAGAGAACCAUCAUCGACCGUGAUGCUUACGACCACCAUGAUGAAGUUUCAAUUCCUUUAUCAUCACCUUCCGGCAAGAAAACCCGAGUGGGAAUGGGCGAGUCUUCUAACUCCCCUUCCACCACCAUUAUACCUUCGUCUGGGAAAAAAAAACAAAAGAAGCUUCGUCGUUCAAAAAAGAAAACCUUCGUCUGCAAAAUCUGCAUCGAGACAAAACCCUACUCGGAGUCGUUCGCAAUGAUGGGUUGCACUCACUCUUACUGUUCCGAUUGUGUGAUCAAGUUCGAAUCCUCAAAACUCGAACAAAACUUUACCCAAAUCCGCUGCCCUAUUCCGGAUUGCAACAAGGGUGUAUUGGACCCGGAGCACUGCCGUGCAAUUUUACCACCGGAGGUGUUUGAUAAGUGGGGCGGUGCUCUCUGUGAGUCUGCCUUUGUAGCCUCCAAGAAAUUUUACUGCCCUUAUAAGGAUUGCUCAGCCUUUAUGAUAGACGAUGAUGAUGGCGAUGGCGAUGGAGAAAGUAAGGCUAUUGCGAAGGCGGGGUGUCUAUACUGCAACAGAUAUUUUUGCGCGCAGUGCAAGGUUCCGUGGCAUAAGGGGAUUGAUUGCUCGGAGUUUCAGAAACUGCACGAGGAUGAGAGAGAAAGAGAGGAUAUCAAGUUGCUGAAACUUGCUAAGAAGAAGAAGUGGGCUAGGUGUCCCCAUUGCAAGGCUUAUGUGGAGAAAAAGGGGGGCUGCAACAAUAUGUUCUGCAGGUUUGCUUUCUUGUUGCAAUUGUGUUUGCUUUCCUCAUACAUAUGA